AUUAAACCUGUGUGUGUUGCUUUUGUGUGUUGUGUCGGUAUUUUCCAUUUCUUCUUUUCUUUUUCUUCCAUUUUUAUAUGAAAGCGUAUGCCGCUACGGAUAUUACGAUAACAUGAAGUUUGCCAAACAGCUCGAAAGUGAAGCAGAAAGCAUUCCCUCUGAAUGGAGGCCAUAUCUAAUCCAGUAUAAGGCUUUAAAAAAACUGAUCAGCAAAGUAGCUGAAGAAAUUAAGAGUAGAGGGUUAUCCUCAGAGUUAUUCCAUGAAUGCUUGAUUUAUGAGGGCGAUAACGACGAACAACAGCGCCACCAGAUGCGUAAAACAGACAGCAGCAAUGAUAGUAUACCCCGCCUGAAGUAUUACUUCACAGGUGAACCACCCAAUAUCAAACCCAACAUAGAAUUCUCGUAUAACCCAGCUGAACCUCAAGUUCGAAAGGUUUUGGCAAAAUUGCUAGACAAUGAUAGUAAUAAUGAGGAUGACAAUGACAGAAACAUACUUGACGAUAGUACAUCGAGUGAUAGCAACAAACCAAGGAGAAGAUCGUCUUCGUUGCUCGAGUACAAAAGAACGUCCAAUAACAAAGAUUUCUUCACUUUAUCGUCGCUAAACAAUAAUAAAUCUUGUACGAUGACAAGCGAACCAGAAGGCGAGGAAACAACUACGGCAUCGACCUGCCUGGUCGUUCAAAAACAGCAUAGGCGAGAUUCUACAAUCAUGCUUGUGAAAGAGUUACUACAAGUCACUUUGGCAGCCAAGAGUGACAGUAGGGAGGAAAAGAGGAACACAAUGUCAGCUACUGGUAAUCAGCAGAACUAUCAAGAGGGGCAGAAUCAAAGCGUCAAACCGCCCGCCCAGCAAGAACUCAAAACACUCGUAAUAGAAUUAGAGCAAGACGAUGAAUUUUUUAAAGCAUUGAUGGAGGAGUUGCAACAAGCCACAUCACUACAGUAUGCAACGACUGAAAAGUUUAAAGAGGAAAUCAAUGAGCUAGAGACUCGAAUGACGAAAGCAACUUCACCUACAUCGCAAAAGACAGAUAUGUAUAACUGGCGAUAUAUUCUCUCCAUUUACAUGGAUGCGCAGAUAUUCCAGCAGCUGCAUGUUCUACCUUCUUCUUCUAUUGCCAAUAAUACAAAGAGUGUAGCAGCUCUGAAUAAGACAAAGCAACAAAUGUCCUGGUUUUUGAAUCAAUUAAAAGAACAGAACCUCAUCAGUAAACUAAAGACCAAGGAGUCCAAACAAGCUUUUGAGCAGUUUAUCUCACUCAAUACCCAAUUAAUCACCAUGAAGCAUUAUCAACUAUUAAAUCAAACAGCCAUGCGUAAAAUUUUAAAGAAGCAUGAUAAAAGAAGUGGGUUGAACGCCAGUCAAAGUUUUCCGGAUUUCGUUAUUUCUGGUAACAGUAAUGGCAACAGCCAUAGUGCCAUGCUCUUCAAUACAAAAUUAGCAAACAUGUUAUAUUGUCUCAUCACGCAAAAGUUAACAACCAUUAUACCCCAGCCUGACGAUUAUGCAUGUCCUGUCUGUAUGAAUGUAGCCUGGCGACCCAUACGUCUUGAAUGUCAACAUGUAUUUUGUGUACGAUGCCUUAUCAAAGCACAACGCAAAAAUAUGAACAGUUGCCCACUGUGCCGUCAUCCAACGGCUGUACAAUCAGCUACAGCACUGAAUCUUGAUGAAGGGUUACAGAACUUUUUGAAAUUGUAUUUCCCUCGUGAGAUCAAAGAGAAAAAACGGGAAAAUGAGAGAGAGCAAGCAUUGGAAGAUAUACAAGCAAUGACAGGUAAACGAUAUACGGAAGAGCAGUUGAUGCGCAUGAAUCGACAAUAUAUGAAUAGUGGGAAUAGACAUCAGCAUCCACAUGAUAAUGUCAAAUGUAUUAUAAUGUAAAUAAUAGAAGCAGACAUAGAUUGAUCUCGAAUAUAUGCAUGUGUAAUUAAAUACAAGAAUAAAUAGAAAGUCGAACUGGCAAUAAGCCA